AUGGAUCCACUACUGUUGUUUGAUGAAUUAGAAAAUGAUUUGAACUUAUUGAUUACUGAAAUAAAAAAAAAAAAAAUACAUAUAAAAGAAAAGAUAGAAAUAUGCAUUAUUAAGAUAAAAAACUACAAUAGCAUAAUAACAUCAAAUAAAAGUAAUUUAUUAAAUAGUUUUGAAUUUCCGUUAGACGAAAUUAUUGAUAUUAUAAAUAUAGGAGCUAAUAUUGAUAGCCAAAAAAUUACUUACAUUUGUUUGACUUGUCUUCAACGAGUUUUAUUAUAUAUAUUAUAUUUAAUAGAUAAUAAAGAUAUAAUAAAAAGGUUUAAAGAAAUAAAUAUCGAAGCACAAAUAGAAAAAAUUACAAAUAAAUUAUUUGAUUUAACAUUUAAUGACGAUAAAAAAAUAUUAGUAAAAAUAUUGCAAAUAACAUUAACUGCUUUUUCUCCACAGUAUAUAGAAUACUAUAAUAGAGAUAUAAUUGAUACCUUAUUAAAGAUAUUGUAUUCUAUAUAUUAUUCAUCACUACAUGAUAAUGCCCACAUUUUAUAUCAAACAUGUUGCGCAGCUUAUAAGCAAUUGCUUAAUUCAUUAAUAGAUAUAUGUAAUAAGGAGAGUCUAGAUAAUAUAAGUGAAUCUCCAAUUUCGAAAGAAGAUAAUAUCACAGAUAUAAAAACUGAGCAUAUUAAAAAUAAUAAUAAUCAUAAUAAUAGUAAUAAUACCAAUUUAAAUGAAAUCGAAAAUGAUGACUUGAAGAAUAUCGAUUUUUAUUUUGAGAGUUUUCAUUUACAAUAUGAUGUUAAUAAUCCAAUAGAUUUGAUAAAUAUACCGAGUUUUAAAAACACAAAUAAUAUGAAAAAUAAAAAUAAACUAUUAUCAUUAAUUCAUUAUCUUUGUUAUUGUUGUUUUGUGAAUACACGGUCAAAAUAUUAUCUAGAUGGUUCAUCAUCCUCCUUUGAAUGUAACAGUUCAAAUAAGAAUAAUAAGAUGAUUAAUAACGAAAAACACAAUGCUUAUGUUAUAAUAGACUACAAUUGGGGAACUAAUAUAAAAAGCACAAAUGAAAAUAAUAGCAAUUCUCUAUCAAAUAUAAAUGACCAAUUAGACAAUAAAUAUAAAAACAAUAAAUUAUCAUCAGGAAAAGAGAAUGAAGCUAAAAACAUAGAAUAUACCGAAAUUAUCAACAAUAAUAUUUCGAGUGAAUUUGAUAAAGAAUUGAAAAACGUAAGUUUUUCUUCAAAUAAUAUUAAUAGUAAUCACAACAGCAACAAAGAGGGCAACUUUAACAAUAUCGACAAUAAUAAUAACACUAACAAUGCAAUUUAUAAUAGUAGUAUUAAUAGCAAUAAUAAAAGCCAAUUUUCUAGUGAACAAAUCAAAAAUUCAAAUAAAAAAAACGAUAUCAAUGGAAAUAUAUAUAAUAAGAAUCAAAAAGAUGGAAGCAAAAAUAUAUAUAAUGCAAAGUAUAAUAUAAAAGAUUUUUUUAAAAUAUUAAAAAAUUCAAAUUUCAAAAUAUAUAACAAUAAUAACAAGAAUAAUUUUGAUAUGCUUAGCGACAACAUGAAUAUAGACUCAUAUAAAUUAAAAAAUAAUAUAUUGUCUAAUUAUAAUAAGAAUAAUUUGAUUUUACCUUUAAAUUUUUGCUUAGAUUUGCUAUAUAUAUUUUUAAAUAAUUAUGAACACUUUUUAGAUAAUUUGGAAUUUUUCAAAUUGUUAAAAUUUGAAAUAGCAUAUAUUAUAUUAAUAUCAUUAAAAUCUAAUUUACACAUCGAUAUUUUUUAUAGAUGUUUGAAAAUCUUUAUUAUUGUUUGUCAUAAGUAUUUUCAAUAUUUUUUAGGAGAAAUUAAAUUUUUAUUAACCAAUCUAAUUCAAUAUUUAUCCUUGACUAAAAAUUUUUCAAAAUUAUACAUUGUUUUAAACUUUUUUUUUUAUCUUUUUGAUAACACGGUAACUGUUUUUAAUAUGUACAAAUAUUUUUAUUCCCCAAUGGAUAAUACCAACAUCAAAAAUAACGACGAUAAUAGCAACAUGAAUUUAAACAAAAAGAUAAAAAAUAAUGACAAUAUAAAAAGUGAUGAAAACCCCAAAGGAAAAUCAAAAAAAAAAAAAAACCAUGAAGCAAGCCAUUUACCUGAGGAUACAAAAAAUGAUAUGGAUCAAAAUAAAGAGGAAAACUUACAUUGUGAAAAAAGCAAUCUUAAUAUAGGUGAAUAUAAAGAAAAAUAUAUCCAAAAUGAUGUGAAUAAUAAGAAAUUAUCUCUAAUAAAUAGUAAACAAAAUAUUUAUGAGGAAAAAAAAAAAUUAAGUGAAAAGACGGUGAACAUUGAAGAUAAUUCCAUUGAUUCAGGAAUAAAUAUAGAUUACCAAAUGUGUUAUUGUAAGGAUGAUGAUAACGGUUUUAUUUUUAUAAAAAUAGUUGAAUGCAUAAGUAAAAUUAUACAUGAAUUAUUAUUUUUAUAUUCAAUAGAUAUAACUAAAAUAUAUCCACAUUUAAAAAUAUUUAAAUAUGAUCGAGUAUAUACAUCUAAAAAAACGACUGUUCACAUUUUUAAUAAAAGGGGAAACCAUAAAUCAAAUAGUAACAAUUCAGAGGGUCAAAAUAUAGAUAAUAAAAAUGAAGAAUCUAUUAAGUCUGGCUCUAAUGAUGGGGUUCACACAAAUGGAAAAAAUUAUUACUCUAACCAAGAAAUUGAAAUAAUAAAAAAUAAAAAUAAUUAUUAUCGAAAAAGGGAAAAUAAAGACAAUGGGCAUCAAAUGGUUUUCUAUAAUUUCCUAAACUAUCCAUUGAUUCUUCCAAAUAAUUCUGAAAAUCCACGUGAAGAUUUUUAUUUAUACAAUUUUUCUACUGAAAAAAAAACAAACAAGACCAUGUUUGAUUAUUUAUAUUAUAAUAACAUAGAUGAAAUUAUAUUGCUUUCUUCAUCUAUUGAUAAUAUUUUAUCUUUAAUAAAUUCAUUUUAUGUAAUUCUUUUAAAUAUAUUAACAAAAUAUUUUAAUCAAUAUUGCUUUGCGGCAAUAGAUUUAAAUGAUGAAAAUAACUUAUAUGAAGAGAGGAAGUUAUCUUCAAAUUGUAAAAAUGGUAUAAUUCAAUAUUCAAUGAAUCUAUUAGACACACAAAAAAAUGGAUCCAAAUAUAAAUCCAUAAAAUCGCGUACGUCACCAAAAUAUAUUCAAAAUGACAAUACGUUAAAUUUUGAAUAUGAAAUAGAUAGAAGAAUAAAAUGCUAUAAUAAUAAUUCAUAUAAUAAUACUGCUAACUAUGCAACUGAUCAUAAAAAUCAUUACACUAGUAGAAAUAACAACCAACUAGAAAAAGUUGAAUAUAAUUCUAUUUCUAUAUGCCCCCAAAGUAGUGAAAAUACACGGAAUGGUAUCUUAACUUAUAAUGUAGAUGAUAAUAAUAUAUCCUAUAAAGGUAUAAUUAAAUCGUAUAAUAUUGAAUGUGAAGAUAAAAAUGGGGAAAAAAACAAUUCUUAUACCGAACAUUUAUCACUAUUUAAUUCUGUAUUUAAUUCGACCUGUAGAUAUUUUAUAUCGUCUUUAUCCUUAGCAUUUUCUUAUACAAAUACCAUAGAUAGCUGUUUUUUUAGUGGAUUUCAGAAACUUAUUUUUAUAAGUACUCAUUUAAAUGUAAACAUUUGCACAAAUGCUUGCAUGCAAACAUUGACUAAAUGUAGUAGUAUAUUUACCUUGGAAAAUUCUCCAUUUUUUUUGAAUAUUCUUCAAAAUUUUGAAAAAAAAGGAAAUAAAAAUGAAAAUAAUUAUAAUUCAAAAAAAAACAGAACAGGAACAAAUAGCAGUAAAGUAUUAUCUAACAAUGUAUAUCGUGAGAAUGAAACUCGUGUUUCUAAAAGUAUGGAAAUUCAUUCUAAUCAUAUAAAAAACGUAAUUGACCUAAAUGAUUCGAACGAGAGCAAUACUAUAAGUUCAUCUAAUAUGAACAAAGAUAAUCAAAAAAAAUGUUAUAAAAAUGAUAAUAACAAAACAGAUACAAAAUCUAAUUAUAUGAAUAAUGAGAAUUAUAAUCAUAUAAAUUUUAUUGCAUAUUCGGCAAAUAGUAUUUCCGAUAGUGAAGUGUAUAUAAAUAUAAAUGAUGGUAAAACAUGCUCUCAUAAAAUUGUGCAUCUAUAUGGUAAUAUGAAUUCUAUUGAUGAAAUUGAAAUUGUUGAAGAAAGUAAUGAAAUUAAUAAUAAAAUAAUAUUAGAAAAUGACGAAAAAAAGAAGGAAGUUUCUGAUUCUUUUGUAAAUGGGUUAAAUGGCAAUAAAGAACAAUUUGAUCAACCAAAUAAUAGUAGCAAUAAUGAAAUAAAAGGAGUAUAUAAUUAUAAACAGGGAAAUCAAUAUAAUAAUAUAUGUGAAGACAAUAAAAAUAGUUAUGAAAAAACAGAAUCUUAUUCAGAAAAAUUAAGUAUAGAUUGUGUUGAUUCGAAUUUUUUUUCUUAUAAAUAUAUAUUAAAUGAAGAUUUAUUAAAAUAUUAUGAUGACUGUAUUAGUAUAAUAUUAAAAGAAUCGUAUUAUAUAAAUAACGAUUUAAAUAAUAUGAAAUAUAUUUUAUCAAUUAAAGCAAUGAUUAGCAUAUUUUUUAUAUAUGGCGAUAUGCUAAGUUUUGAUGAUUGGUUAAAACUCAUCAAUAUAUUUGUUGAAGUUAAUUAUAUAUAUAAAUAUAUAUCAUCUAUUGAAAAUAAAACUAUUGAAUUUUUAAAUUUUUUAUAUUAUAUUAAUAAAAGCGAAGAUAAUUUUACAUUUUCUUUGAACACAUCUGCAAUUGAUUCAAAUGGUGCUACUAUGCAACAUAUAAAUUUUAAAAGCAUAGAAUUCUGGUAUUUUAUUCUACGAUUUAUACAAAAGAAUCCUGUUUUAUUUGCAGAAAUCACUGUUAUAUUUUCUUCUAUAUCCAAUUUUUUAAAAAAUACAAUAUAUUACAAUAUAACAACAGUGAUAAAUAUAUUAAAUGCCAUUAAUUUUAUGAUAUUUAAUCAAUUUUUCAAGCAUACAAAAAAAAUAACUAAAGACGGUGGCAAGCCAUUUGUUCAAAAUAAUGUCAAAGAAUACAAUAAUUUGAAUGCUUCUACACCAAUAAAUCCUAAUAAUAACAUCGACAACUUGAUUACUAAAGAGGAAAACGAAAAUAGCAUUUUAACGAAUCAAAAAAUUGAGGACACAUAUAUAGACAAUUUAAAAAAUGUUAAGCAUGACAAAAAUCAAAUUGAAUGUACAUAUACUACUAAAAAGGAAAAAAACAAAAAAAAUCGUCCCAAUUGUAAUAAAAAAGGGAAAAUAUGCAAAAAUGAACUUCACAAACAUCAAGAAGACAAAGAUAACCUAAAUGACAAUAGUAAUAAUAUGAAUAUGCAAAGUGAAUAUAUUAUAACUGAAGAUAUUGAGAAUAAAAAUAAAGAAAACAUUGUUAAGCCUAUGGAUAAUAAUAAUGAUAAUAAUAGAAUUGAUAAUAAAUUAUUUAAUAAUAAUGGUGAUAUAUAUGAAAUAUUUUAUUAUUAUGUGUCCCAUUUUGAUCCAAUAUAUUGUUCUUAUUUUAUGUUCUAUAAUGAUAGUUAUUUUAUAAAAAAUAAAAAGGGGAAUAUAUCAAAAGAAUAUUAUGAUACUACUAAUGUACAAUAUGAUAAUAUACAAAGUGAUGGAAUUAAAUUCGAAAAUAAUUUGUAUUAUAAUUAUUUAGAUAAAAAAUUAUUUCAAAAUAAUUAUUAUAUUGAUUUAAAGAAAUUAGAUAAUUAUUGUAUUUUUGAAGAUUUUUAUCCAUUAUACAUGAUAGAAAAUUUAUGUGUAAUAAAUAUAAAUAAUAUAAAAUAUAUUUAUAACACAUGCUGUAUUAAUAUAUUAUUAUUAUCUUUAUGCAAUAAUAAUGGUAUUCAAAAAAAAAGCAUUGAUACUUUAUUUCAUAUAAUAAUAGAGUCAGUAGCAUAUUAUAAGUAUAAUUUUGAGAUACAAUUUUUAUUGUUUAAACCAUUUUUCUUAUUUAUAAUAAACCCGUAUGCUAGUUAUCGCUCUUAUUUUAUUAAUUCAUUCCUAAAUUUUAUUAGAAAAAAUGCAUCUUUUUUCAAUAAAAAUAUGUGGUUGUUUAUUAUUUUUCUUUUAUAUAUAUCAUUUAAGAAGGAGUUAAAAAAUAAAACCUUAAAAAAUACAGAAAAUGAUCAGAAAGAUAGUGAGCAAAUUUCUGAGGAAAACAUAUCCAAUAUUAAAGACAUUUUCAAUAUUUUAGAAGUUAUAAUUGUAGAUUAUAUUGAAGAAAUUCCAGUAUGUAAAAUCAUGGAAAUAAUAAUUCACAUGCUUAUCUUGUUUUCAUCUCUCGACACUUUAAGUAAUAACAUAUCCUUUAGGGCUAUCAACUUUUUGUGGUCAAUUGUUGAUUAUAUAUUGAAUCGAUCUGAUCUGCUGAAAGAGCCUAAAAAAUAUAAUAAUGAAAAUAAAGAUUACUGUGAUAAUGCAAAAGACGAAAAAAGUAACAAACCGAAAACUGAAAAGAGCAACGACCCCCAAUUAUUGCAUACAUGUAUAGUAGAAAACAAAAAAAUGUAUAUUUACGAAAACAAAAUUAAAAUGAAAAAUAUUAAAAUGAAAAGUUUUUUUAUUUUCAUUUUAAACUACUUAAUGAAACUUUGCUUUGAUGAAAGAAUCGAAGUUCGAAAUUGUAGUAUUAAAACAAUUAUGAGUAUUUUGUCCACCCAUAUUUAUAAGUUCGACUUUUUUUUUUAUAAAACAUCCAUAUGUUUGUUACUAAGAAAAUUAUGCAUAAAGUAUUUCUAUAUUCUAAUGGAAUAUUUAAAACUGGAAAAAAAAAACUCACAAAAUGAGGAUAAUAACGAGAUAAAUGACAAAGCUGAAAUUGAAAAUUUUACUAUUGACAAUUUGAAUAGCUAUAGUAACGAUAUACCUGAGAAAAAUGAAUCGCAUAUAUAUAAAGACAAUGUUGAUUGUAGUCAUUUUAUAGAACUAGGUGAUUUUUAUAAUAAAGCUAAUUGUAUAAAUAUUGAUAUUAAUGAUUUCGAAAAUUUAAAAUCCUGUAAACAUGAAAGCAAUAAAAAUGGUGAAAUUUCCCAAAAUGCUGAAAUAUGGAAACAAGCUAAUAAUUCGGAUAUCAGAGAAAUACAAUUGAGCGAAGAAAUCGAAAAUACAAAUACUAAAUUACAAAAGAAUGAAAACGUAUUAAGAAAAAAAUUUAUAAUGAAUUAUGUAAAUUUAAUUAAUAAGCAUUAUAAAUAUAUAGAAACAGUAAGAAAGAAAAAACGAAAAAAAAAUAAAAAGGAAUUAUUAAAUGAUAUUGAAAAAAAUGCAUUAUUCUCAAAUAUAAACAAUAAUAAAAUUUCAGAAGAUAAAAAUUAUGAUUUGUAUGAUUAUGUUAAUGAAAAUUUUAGCAAAAUUAUUAUUCAUCAUUCACGAGACAGUAAAUUGAAACAAUGGGUAGAGAGCUUUAUUUUAAUUAUAGAAGGUUGUAAUAGAAUAUUAUUAGAAGAAAAAAAUUAUAAAAAAUAUUAUUUUUUUUAUGAUAUAUUUGUAAAAAUAUUAAAGACUAUAUUAUUUAUUAAAUAUAAUAAGACAAACAUGUUUGAAUUACACAUAUCAAUAAUACAAAUACUUAAUAAUAUUUUUAUGUCCAAAUUAUCCAAUUUCAAUGUCAAUUAUUUUACCAUGAAAAAUUCAAUAACUAAUAAAAAUAGAUAUACUGAUCAUAUUAAUAUAUUUGACAAAUCAUUUAUUUAUAUAUAUAAUUAUGCUUACUCUACAGAUGAUCAAAAAAUUAAAGACCUUAUAAUUAAGCUUAUUACAGAAAAUAUGAAAAAUAUAUUUUGUGAUAAAUGGAUAUAUUUUCAUUCUUUGGUGUAUUUGCAUUUAUUCCAAUUAUUAUAUUCAACAAAUUCGAAUAUUAAUAUACUUAGGGAGGAUGAAGAGAAUUAUUCAUUUUCAAAUUAUUAUUCAAUUUUAAACAAGUUAUAUUUUGAUUAUUUUAUUAGUGACACAAAGGAAUAUCCAUGCGAAAAGGAGGUAAAUGAUGCCGAAAAAAAUAUAAAUAAAAUGAAUAGUAACGAAAUUAAUGAUGAAAAUCCACUUGAAUUGGAUAAGGGAGUUGAAAGCAACAAUAACAAAAAAAUAAAUAGUUCUAUUAAGAUUGAAACGCCUAUCAACGGAAACUUAAACAAUGAAAAAAUAGAAUCUUUUAAAAAUAAAAAUUUUACUAUUGAAUAUAAAAAAGACAAUUUCUGUAAUGAUCCAUUAAAUAUUUACAACAUAUUAGAGAAUAAUAAAAGUAUAUAUAAUGAAAAAGAUGAAAGGACACAUGUAGAUAUGAAGAAAGACAUAUAUAAAAAUUAUAUAAAUGGUGAAAUAAAUAGUGAUGUUUUUAUAAUUAUUAUGAACAUAUUUAAAGGAUUAAAAUAUGAUGAAAUAAAUUUACUAAUAAAUGAAGAACUUGGAAAAUCAAUAAAAUGCUUAUUAUGUAAUUUAUUAGAAAAUGAAGAAAAACGAAAAAUUUUUAAAAAAUUAAUAAAAUUUUUAUUUGAUGAUAAAAUGCUAUUUAAUGAAAAUUCAGAUGAAAUAAUUGAUAAAAUUACAUUAAAUGAUACAUAUAAUAAAUUCGAAAUUAAUAUUAGAAAAAAUGAAAUAAAUGACGAAGAUAAAGAAUGUAAUAGAUUAUUUACAUUAAAUUAUAAAAAACUUUAUCCAUUAAAUAAUUAUAUAGAAAGUUUUCAAAUGUUUUCAUUAGGGUUAUUUAAUUAUUUAACACCUUGCUAUAUAUAUUUCAUUCAUAAUAAAUUUAAUCUAUAUCCUAAUUAUCAAAUGAACAUUAUAUUUUCUAUAAUUCUUUGUAAUUUAAUUAGACAAGAAUAUUGCAAUUUAUAUUAUUUCAAAGAAAAUCGGCACAAUAUAAUUUCUUUUAUAAAUAUGUUCCCAUAUAUCAUAGCAAAUCAUAUAAAAUGUUUUUUAUAUAACUUAAACAAUAAUUCUUCUUUUGUAUUUUACGAAAGUGUUAUUAUACUACUAAAAAUUACAUAUAGCAUUAUUCAAAACCUUGAAAACAUUCCCGAUGAUACUCUAUUCAAGUAUUGGUAUUCUGUAGUUUUCGCUACCGAAAAAAUUUUAUUCGCUAACUGCAAUAAUGACAAAAUUGACAUGUUGGAUAUUAUGCUUAUCAAGCUUAUUCGCAACAGUUACCUUUUCCAUAAUUCGCAUGCUCCGUUAAACAUAAAAAUAUACCUGACUAAAAUUAUAAGCGAAUUAAAUGAUAAACGAAGAAAAUCCUUUUCAAGUUGGACUUUGCAAAUAUUAUUUGAAGAAUACGAAAAAAUGAUGGCAGAGAAUAAUAAAAAUCGUUAUUACACGACUUUCAUUACGUUAGUCAUGCUAAAAAAAUGUGUUUUGACACUCAAAAGUUUUUCAAGUGAAAAUCCAGAGGACGCUGACGAAAUUUUGUUCAUUUUACAUGAAAUGAAAAAUUUAAAAUGUUACUACUCAUACAUCGGAAUAAAAACGAAUUCUACAUUAAAAUUUUCAGAAGAUAAAGCGCAUUUAUUCAUUUGUUACCCAUACCUAUUAGAUUGUUUAAAUACCGAAAAUACAAAAUUUUUCGAUACGGCUAAGGAAUUGCUAAGGCUUAUAACCAUAAUGCCCUAG